CCCGCCGCUGCCCCGCGCCUGCGGUGACUGCUGAGGUGAAUCUUUCCUGAGGUGAAUCUUUCCUGAGGUGCAUCUUUCCUGCCGCCGCUGCCAUGUCCCAGACGGAUCCUGAGCUGUUCCUGCAAGAGCUGGGCGGCUGGGACUGGGAUGCCUGUCGCCGGGAGCUAUCUGUUGUCUUGCCCCGGCUUCUUUCUCUGUAUCGAGAGUCUGAAGACUGGACUGAGCAUAUGCGUGUUUUGAGGAUCCUCACUGAAAUGUUUUUGCCCCACAUCAGCCUUGCAGAUUUGGAACAAACCUUUUUCUCAAAAGUAUUACCAAAGACUCUACAGUUAUUCGAUAACUUAAUGUAUGACUUAUCAAGCGAGGCCAAGGGAUUAACCAGCCAGAACACAGAGCUUUGCAGUACUGUAAGGAAUCUGCUCCAGAGUCUGGUGCAACUACUGGAAACCCUGACCGGCUGCGUGCGCUAUGUCUGCACGCUCCAAGAGUGUGUGCCUCUGGAGAGCAUCCGCUCCCUCCCGUCCUCCGUUCUCUAUGUCAUAAAGAGCACAUUUACACAUUGCAAGGACAGUGAAUUGCUGUACUGUGAGCAUCUGCACUUGAUUUCUGACCUCUUACAAGCUAUGUUCAAGGAAACUUACUCUCUUCAGAAGCAGCUGAUGGAACUCCUUGAUAUGAUUUCCAUGGGCUCUGCUUCUGCUGAAGAUAACAUCACAGAUAUGGUGUCAGUAAUCCACACAGUGCUGGAGAUCUGCUCUGUCAUUUCCAAUAUGGACCAUGCUCUUCAUGCCAAUACGUGGAAGUUCAUAAUCAAGCAAAGCCUGAAGCAUCAUUCUCUGCUGCAGUGCCAUCUGAAACACGGUGACAUCCUCAGCGGCCUGUGCAAGGACACUCUUUUUUCUUUUCACUCCUCUUUGCAACUGGCUGAGCAAAUGAAGAUGUCAGAAAUACAGGAGGGCACUGACCUCAGGCUGUUCCAGAAGACAGUCAAAUUGUGCAGGUUCUUUGCUAAUUCCCUUGUACACUACACCAAGGAAUUUCUUUCUUUCUUCUCGGAUUCAUGUUCUCAGUUACAUCAGCUCUUUCUUCAGAUCUACAGCAAAUUUCCUCCCAGCCUCUAUGCUCCAGAGAUCUCAGAACUUCAUCGAGAUGAAAUAUCCCGGGUUUUUCUUGUGGCUCUGGACCCUCUCAUCAACCAGCUUCUUCCUUUUAGCCCCUUUAUGGAGCAAGUGUUAAGUGAAAAGUUAGAUCUCCCUCCUGAGCAGCAGCUGCCCCAGUGUCUCAUCCUGAUUACCAUCAUGGACAAGUUGUCUUCUCAGCCUGAAGAAGUGCGAACUCUCUGGAACACAGGAAGAAGCCAGUCUCUGUUUUCAGCUCUCUUCUUCAGUUUCCAGCAAUGUUCCAGUGAGCUUUCUCUCCCUAUCUGUCUGCCAGAGGUGAUCAGCAUGGGACAGCCAGCCGUUCCCAUCACCCUCUAUCACUAUGUCUGUGUCCACCUCUGCUCCUUCAUUGCAUCCAUGCUCCCAUCACACUUUCCUCAGCUGGAGUAUGCUCUGCUGGAUGCUGUGCUGGGUUCUAGUAUGAUCACAUCUCUGCUGGCAAUGGAUGCGUGGUGCUUCCUCGCCCGGUAUGGGACAGCAGAACUGUGUGCUCACCAUGUUCUGGUCAUCGCCCACUUGAUCAAGUCUUGGCCCAGUGAUUGUUACCAGGUGUCUGCCUUGGGUGUUCUGCUGAGGCGCAUGCUGUUCUUGAUGGCUCCAGAUCAUCAGGUAGAAUUUGCUGGUAAGUUCCUUCCAGAAGAGGUGGAGAACCUGGCGGUGUGGCAGCACGUGUCCCUGCAGGCGCUGAAGGCGGAGCUGCGGCAGCGGGCGGCGGGGCGGCUGUGCGCGGCGGCGCUGGCGCGGUGCCGGCGCUGGCUGAGCGGCAGGCGCGCGGCGGCAGAGCUCCCACCUGUGAAUACUGCCCUUUCUGUCCUGCUGGCUGCCUGCAGUUUUGCUGGUGACACCCUGGAGGCAGAACUCCAGGCAUCUGUCCUGGCAGUGGUUGGCCAGUUCUGGACUUUUCUCCAGGCUAAGCAGGUCUUGGAUGAGCCAUGUCUCCAGCAGACACUGUGUUUAUUACUUCACCUCAUGGAACUUUUCAUCCAAGCAUUAGAUGCUCAACUCAUUACUCAGGUGUUUGCGCUGCAGGUUUCCCUUUUGCAGCUGGAUCCCCCAGACCAUCUUCGUCUCGCCAUGGUGGAUUUCCUCUCUUCUAUGGGAAAGGUGUUCAUACCACAAGAAGCACAGAGGCAAGUUGUGCCCCAUCUAUCAUGUUUGUUUGCUGCUCUGCUGUCCGACCAGACCUGGCUGAUCCACCAGCACGCCUUGGAGGCAUUCACCCAUUUUGCAGAGGAAACAAGCCAUGAAGAUGUUGUUCCUCGGUGCCUUAAUUCUGAAGAAACUAAGAAGAAAGUGGUUAGUUUCCUGUCUAAGACGAGGCAGGUGGAGGAGACAACAGAAGCACGAAGAGAACGCAUGAAGCAAGAGAGGAUUCCCUGCAGCACACAGCUUAUGAAAAUGGAUGGAGAACUGGAGGCAGCAGGAGAGCCUCUGGCAAAGAGAGCAUGUCCCCCACCCUCAGAAGAGCAGUACAAGGCAGCAGUGGGCACGAUGGAGGGGGCACUGGAGGCCGUGAAGCUGCUGCUGCAGAAAGGCUCAGCCCCUGCUUGGCUCGCAGAGAAGCUGGAGGCCCUGCACGCCGCAAUAGGCGUCCUCAGGGGCAGCGUGGGGUAAGGGCUGUGGGCAGGAACACGGCUCAGCUCCUGGCAUGGGCGCAGAGCUGCCUUUGCUGGAGAAUAACAGGCUGUGAGGCAGGGCCAGGCGCUGCUGUACUGCUGGGUCCUGGGUUUAAUGUGCCUAGAUUGACCAAGGGGCGAGACGUUGGCCUCUCCUUUGUACCAUCUGAAAGGACUGACUGGAUUUUAAUGGACACUACUCUGGCACCAGUGCUGUCUUCAUGUGUGUGGCCGGGGUCGAGAUUGCUCUUCUCUGCUACUCUCUGGUAACAAACAUUUCCUGAGGCUGUGUUUGGAAUACUACACUGUCAGAAUCUCCUGUAAAAGUAACCUUUGCUCCUGUCACAUCCAGGUGACCAGGCAGUAGGAAUUUUUAUCUUCAUUUUAAAAUACAUUCAAGAAAUAACAA